CAUAAAAAUUGGAUGCGAGAUCAGUCGCCGAGUUUCCUGACGGCGAUGUUCUCCGUUCUCGAGAGUUCUUGGACUUAGUUGGAGCUACAAAGAUCCGCGUUUGCACUGGACACUUUUGGGUUCUUCUAGAGGAUAUGAUGCGGAACUAAUGUCCACAACAUUCCCUCGAGGCCUGUGGACUUUUGAUGUGUGAUGUGAACUCCUUUGAAAACGUUUUUUUUUUUCUUUUGUCGGGAUACCGUUCGCACCCCUACCAAUGGAAAGGUAUCUGGCCAGAGUUCUCGAACAGCCUUCCAGCACCACGUAACAUUUACCUGAGGAACUUGUCUCACAUAGACUCCCAACAAACAUGGACUGUAUUCCCAUGCUUUACUUUCUGUCGAGACAUCAUGAUUCCUGGUAAUCGAAUGCUGAUGGUCAUUGUAUUAUGCCAAGUGCUACUGGGAGAGAGCAGCUAUGCUAGUCUAAUACCUGAGGAGGGGAGGAAGAAAGUGUCGGCUCAUCUGGGUCAGAGUCAUGAACUGCUGCGGGACUUUGAAGCCACACUGCUGCACAUGUUUGGCUUGCAAAAGCGUCCACGACCCAGCUACUCUGCCGUCGUGCCGCAGUAUCUGCUCGAUCUGUAUCGCCUGCAGUCAGGAGAGGUUGAAGAUGCUGCAGCUCAUGAGAUCAGCUUUGAUUAUCCAGAAAGGUCUACGAGUCAAGCCAACACUGUGAGAGGCUUCCACCAUGAAGAGCACAUGGAAGUGUUGCCAUCUGACGGGUCAUGGGAGACUCCACUACGCUUCAUCUUCAAUCUCAGCAGCAUACCUGAGCAGGAACUCCUUUCUACCGCAGAGCUGCGUCUCUACAGGCAACAAAUCAAUGACGCAAGCCCAGAUCCCCAACACACAGGAGACGAGGGUCUCCAUCGAAUAAAUAUAUACGAGGUGUUGAAGCCCCCGCGGGCCGGCCAGCUCAUCACGCAGCUCCUGGAUACGCGGUUAGUGCACCACAACACGUCCAGAUGGGAGAGCUUUGACGUGAGUCCUGCAGUGCUGCGCUGGACCCGCGACAAGCAGUCCAACCAUGGCCUCGCCGUUGAGGUGCUUCACCUAAGCCAAAUACGGCAUCAUCAGGGGCGACAUGUGCGUGUAAGUCGGUCCUUGCAUCAGCUUCCGGGCGAAGACUGGGACCAGCUCCGCCCACUGCUAGUCACUUUCGGUCACGAUGGCAAAAGUCACCCGUUGACACGUAGAAUGAAGCGCAGCCCUAAGCAAAGAGGCCGAAAGCGCAACCGCAACUGCCGGCGGCACGCGCUUUAUGUUGAUUUCAGCGACGUGGGUUGGAAUGACUGGAUCGUGGCGCCGCCCGGGUACCAGGCGUACUACUGUCAAGGGGAGUGCCCCUUCCCAUUGGCCGAUCACCUGAACUCGACCAAUCAUGCUAUUGUACAGACACUGGUUAACUCGGUGAACACCAAUAUUCCCAAGGCCUGCUGUGUUCCCACCGAGCUCAGUGCAAUUUCAAUGCUCUACCUGGAUGAGACGGACAGGGUGGUCCUGAAAAACUAUCAGGAGAUGGUGGUGGAAGGGUGUGGCUGCCGCUAAGCACAGAUAAAUGCGGUCACAUUUACACUAAAUAUUCAUAACUGGUCACUUAUUUAUAACAUUCAUGUUGUGAUGUGUGUUUGUCUCAUUUCUUGUCUUCUUGACAAUAUGAUCAUAUAUUUUGACCAAAAAUUCUCUCUCUCUAUAUAUAUUUAUAUCAACAUAAUUAAAAAAAUAAAUGUGUCCUUAUUUUAAAUAUAAUUCAGCUGUACAGCUUUUCAUAAUGUAUAUCAGACUGUUUAAGGGUUUUUCUAUGAGAGGAAUAGAAAAAAAGCCACUAAAGUUUAUUUACUGGUAGUAUUUAUUUCUUUAAUACAAUAUAGCCUCCUGAACCCACACUAUUUUUGAAAAAAAAAAAAAAAUUAAAAGUUGAAUGCAUCAUUUGUGUACUUAAAAGAGAGCACUGUGUGAAAUCCUUGGAUAACUGAGUUUCUCAUUGUAUCAGUUAAAUCAGAUAUACACUGAUGUGAGUUACAUUUUGAAUCAGUUUAUAGCAUGUGAAUUACAUGUUCCCAAAAUAACUGUUCUUUUUUAAAUAAACGGUAAAGCAUUUCACAACAGUGUGAGAUUAAUUAAAGGUUGUGUAGGUCCAGAAGUACAAAAUGUUUCCCAGAACACUGGAGUACAGCAAAAAUAUGCAGUUUUUGAGGGAAAUCCUUCUGAUUUUGACAGUUUACUCUUUUUUCUUUCUUUUUUUUUUUUUACAUAUUUACAUUUCUUAUAGCUAGUGACAAUAAAUAAACUCCCCAAUAAAUUAAACACCACUAAAAUACAUUCAUAUACUCAUAUACUGUAAAUAUAUAUAUAUAUAUAUAUAUAUAUAUAUAUAUAUAUAUAUAUAUAUAUAUAUUAAUGUGUUUUACAAAAAAAUAUUAUAUUUUUUUUACAUAUAAUAUGUGGUAUUUUAAAUGGGCAUUGUUUUCUGUGGAAAUACAAACAAAACAAAAAAGUACUUGUUCUGUCGAGAUCAAAGUCAAAAUGUAAAAUAUAGACAGUGUUCGUAAGGAUUCAUUAUGGUAAUAAAUAAUCAUAAUAAGCUGUGCUUAUUACUUUUUGUAUAAAGCAUCAAUUUAACCUGUCUGAAAACUUGUCAAGAACAUGUCAUAUUUCACAUCAAAAUCAAAAGAAAGAUUGAAACAAUUACACUGAAAAGGCCUAUUUUUAUGAUGA